GCCGCGUAUGCAGUCGGCUGCACCGGGGUUGGUGCUACCCCGACGCCUCCAGUCUCCCUUACGCCGCCGUCGAGGGCGCCCGUGUUGAUAAUCCGCCGCAGCCGCCGCAAAGAAAACCAUGUCAUGGAAGCGGGCCAGCAUCACCAUGACGCUGUGGACUCUGCUCAUCAUCCACACCCUCGCUAGAGCAGAAACUGAAACUGAGCCAACAACGACGCAGCUGACGACGACUCGGGCAGCGCCGACGACGUCAGCCGCAUGGACGACGACGUGGGAGCUGGCGCUGAGCGAGGGCCAGGCCAUACAGAAGGCGCUCCAGUUCCUGCUCGCCCAGCGCCGCGCCGACUGGGGCUGGGGCAACGACACCCACCACGUCAUGCUGACGCUGCAGCUGGCUAACAACACUGGCAAGGAGAUAGAGCAGCAGAGCCUGGAGAUGCAGCUGUCAGCCAAACAGAUGGAGAUUGAGAUACUGCUUAUGAUGUCCAAGCACCACGAGUCACCGCCACCACUAGCGCGCCUCGCCGCCUACACGCUGGCUCUCGGCGCACUAUGCAAGGACCCGCGCUCAUUUCACGGCAAGGAUCUCGUAUCGGCCUUGCUGCAUCGGGAACAACCGCACGACGGCGAGUUCGCGUACGCCACGCUCGCUGCGUGCUCGUCCGCCGCGCACGUGCGACGACGUCAUAUACGCCGUCUACUGGACAUUGCUAAUGCUGCCGCUGAUCACAGUCUAGACACGAUAUCGAUGGUGAUCCUGGCGCUGCGGUGCGUGGUGCAGGACCAUCGUCACCGCAGCUUGCUGCACUUCGUGCGGCGGCCUAUGGCGGGGCUGGCACGACAGCAGCACCCAGACGGCAGCUUCGGUCUGCUGACUACCACCGCACUUGCUAUACAGGCAUUGGAGGACUCCGACAACGGUCCCGGCGCGCACCAGCACUGGAGUCUGCCGGCGGCGCGCAAGUGGUUGCUGGAGCAGCAACAACCUGAUGGCGGCUGGGGCAGCGUGGCCGACACGGCUGCUGCAGUAGCCGCCUUAACACCUGCAUCGCUCGCCGCUGUACGCCCACCCCACUGCAGCGAUAAGCUGCUUGAUACACGGCAUGAGCCGUUGGACAACAACGGUGGAGACGGCAACAUAAAGCUGGCAUAUCAGUCCGGCCACGCCAGCAACGACUCCGAGGCCCGCAACGUAUCCUUCACUUAUACUCUCUGGCUGGGAACCAACGUUACCGAAAACUACACCCUGUAUAUGAUGGCCCCAAGGAACAUAUCCUUCUACCACGUGAUGCAAAUGGCCGCGGAGCAGGACGCCAAGUUCAAGUUCGAGGCGAGCGAGUGGCCCAACGGUCACUACGUGCACACCCUGGCGGGGCACAGGGAGGAGCCGAUGGGCUACCACUACUGGCUGCUGUACCGCCUCCCCGAGGUGCCCGACCCGGCCAGCCCGCCCGGCAACCAGCUCGUUGCGCCCGUCGGAGUGGACGAUCUGCUCGUGGAAGACGGUGAACAUUAUCUGUUCUGGUAUAAGAAGCUCUAAACACAACCAAAACAUCAUCAUUUUCACUCUGGCUCAAAUUAAAUGACAAUUUGCAAUCUUGAAAUUAUCUUCAAAGUAUCAUUUUAAUGAUUUCUUAGGUUUACGCGAGUAUCACUCAUUAUAUUACAAGGUUUAAGCACUUACUGAUUUUGUCGCGAAACACUUUUAUUAAUCCCGACGUUUCGGCUACUUUACAGCGGCCGUGGUCACGGGUGGACUGUCCACCCCGAGUGUGGAAGUGUUUAAACCUUGUAAUAAUAUAAUAAGUAUCAUUUUCCUUAAUACUCUUUUCACGACAUCCUAUAUCACUCCUGUAGAAUCUCAAGUGAGUAUUAUUUAAUUAAGUUUUAAGAUAAUUUUAAGGCUGAACUUAGCACACACUUCUUUUGAAGUUUAUUUGCACGCUAAUCAAACUGUUAUCAUUUAUUUAUUCUAGUAACGCUCA